CCAAUCCGGAGAUGUUCGGCAACGAACCCCGUCGAAACGGACAACAUCAGCAGCAAUCAGCAAGCCAGUUGACGCGUUGAGUGAUAAGGUACUCCUGUACCUCCAGUUUGUGUUGGAGGCUGCUCUCUUUAGUUUCUGGUUCCAAGCGCUGUUUGUUUGUCUUGUUUUGUUAAUCAUAUCACGAACCAAGCAAGUGACCAUGAAGGCAGCAUCGGCAGUAUUGAACACCAUGGCGCUCCCCUCUGCGGGUCCCUUCCGAACGCUUGAUCCUUUUUUGUUUUGCGUCUAUCACAAGGACGCCUAUCCACCGGCUCAUGAUGAAACCAUGGAAGCCCCGCAACCGGGAAAUGGAAUGGAUUUUAAUCCUUCUGCUCCCUACCGAAUGUACCACGGUGAUAUGGUCCCAGGAUUUCCGUCACAUCCACACAGGGGAUUUGAAACUAUCACUGCUACCAUAGAUGGACUGAUUGACCAUUCGGAUUCCUUGGGAAAUGGAGGCCGCUAUGGUGAAGGGGAUUUACAGUGGAUGACAGCUGGCAAGGGAAUUGUCCAUGCCGAAAUGUUCCCACUCAUCUUCAAAGAAAAACCAAACCCCACCAGAUUCUUUCAGAUCUGGAUCAAUCUACCAGCACGCAGCAAGAUGGUAGAACCCUCCUUUGCCAUGUUUUGGAACAAUGAUGUACCCAAAUGGAAGAGCCCCGAUGAGAAGGCGGCAGUCACUGUGUUUUAUGGUGAUUACUUCUUGGAAGCUUCCUCGGAGGAGGAAGAGAACAAACGAGUGAUGAACCCCAAUCAACCGCCCCAGGACUCGUGGGCCACCGACCAUGACAAUGAUGUGGCAAUUCUUCACGUGACAAUCCAACCUGGUGGAACCAUUGAAAUCCCAAAGGCUCAUGAAAGUGAUAGUAAGACUGUGAAUCGAGUGUUGUAUUGCAUUGAAGGAUUGAAGGAACAACCAGUCAUCAACGAAGUUCCAAUCAACGAUGGUAUGAUCACGGUCGAUGCAUCGUCCGCCUUGGAUAUCAGUUUGUCAUCGUCUGCUUCGCAAGCCUGCGAGCUAUUGCUCUUGCAAGGAAAACCAAUUGAUGAACCCGUGGCCCAACAUGGACCCUUUGUGAUGAAUUCACGAUCUGAAAUUGAGCAGGCUUUUAUGGACUACUCCAAGACCAAGUUUGGGGGGUGGCCAUGGCCUCGAGAUGACAUGGUCUUUCCUCGGGAAAAGGGCCGAUUCGCUCUCUUGUAUGGCGAGGAAACAACUCCCGCUGAUGCUGAUACGGGAGUUUGCGAGGAGCCAAAAUCGUAGGAUCCAAAACCAUAGGACUCAAAAUCAUUGGACCAAAGAUCAGAUGAUGGAUGCUCGGGGAGGACCUCAAUAGGCCUAUGCAGCAUUGCAGCCAGCCACGGAAGCGAAAGACAUCUGUCGGAAUACAUGUAAGCAACAGGUCGUUGGUUCAAGGUUCAGGGUUCGACGAGUCCAAGUAAUACUAGUAGACAUAUAGUUAGGCGGCUCGACUUUUGUGUCUUUGCGUUUCGUGAUUACGAUAGCCACACAGAGAAUGCCUGCUUCCUCACUUGUGAAUUGGGCUGGCUGAAAAGACCUGGU